AUAUCAUGCGCAGGGGCUGAAAGCCUGAAACUGCUCAAGACGCCACCGUCUUCCUCCGCGAUCUUCAGUUCUCUGUCUCUCCCUCUCUCUUUCCUCUAGCUCCCAACCAAGCCAAGAGUACGUCGUCAAGCGCGCCGCGCGUGUGUGUGUCAGUAGGCUACAGGGCUCGGAGGAACGCCGUCAUGAGCUUGAUCAGCAUGAUGGAGGCGCGGCUGCCGCCGGGGUUCCGGUUCCACCCGAGGGACGACGAGCUCGUGCUCGACUACCUCUGCCGCAAGCUCUCCGGCAAAGGCGGCGGCGGAGCGUACGGCGGCAUCGCCAUGGUCGACGUCGACCUCAACAAGUGCGAGCCGUGGGAUCUUCCAGACGAGGCGUGCGUGGGCGGCCGCGAGUGGUACUUCUUCAGCCUGCACGACCGCAAGUACGCCACGGGGCAGCGGACCAACCGCGCCACGCGCACCGGGUACUGGAAGGCCACGGGCAAGGACCGCCCCAUCUCCGUCUCCGGCCGCCGCGGGGCCGGCGACACCGCCGCGCUGGUCGGGAUGCGCAAGACGCUGGUGUUCUACCAGGGCAGGGCGCCCCGCGGGAGCAAGACCGAGUGGGUCAUGCACGAGUUCCGCGUGGACGGCCCGCCCGUUGCCGACCGCCCCGGCUCACCUCUCCUCCAGCUCCAGCUCCAGGAGGAUUGGGUCCUGUGCAGGGUGUUCUACAAGAGCCGAACUGCCAGCACAAGACCAGCAGCAGGCCCCGACGAGGCCGGGCCGCUGUCCAGCCAGCUGAUCGGCGGCCUGCCGAUGCCGCGAAUGGCCGCCCCUGCUGACGCCGCCUACCUGUCCUUCGACGUCACACCUGCCGCUGGCGGCUACUACCACCACCAAGACUCCGGCCCCGCGGACGCGCGCCACCACCUGCCGCCGCCGCCGGCGCAGCCUUUCAGCAGGAGUAGCCUGUCCAGCUUGCGGGACUUGCUCAGCAGCAUGGUUGAAGGCAGCGACGCCGCCGCCGCCGUUCGGGAGACGGAGCUCCACCUGCAGCUGGAGGGCUGGACCGAGGCGGCCUACGCGCAGCAGCAGGGCGGCGCCAUGCCGGCGCACCCGCAGCAGACGUGGAGCCCGUUUCUGAGCUCGGGAUGACGGCACGCGGCUGGGGGCUCACGUGUGCGUGGCGCCCUGGCGCCUGGCGGGCAUCGCGUGCGUAGUGAAUAGUCAACAAUUUGCUUGUCUUUCUUGCAAUGUAACGUUGACUUGGUUAGUGCAUGCGAUCUCUGCCGUUUGUUAGGCGUAGGGUAAAAACCCACGCAGCGGAUAGGUGGAAUGCCUUGGUGAUUAUUGGUGCAGUAACUUUUGUACAGUUGAUUGUUGCAGAAAAUUACUCUCUCUUUGUCUGCCUUCUA